CUGUGACUACCGAGCCCGAAAGGGAGACAUCUGGUGGACCAUCAAACCAGGCUACUGUGCCAUAUACUGGAUUUACUGACGAGCCAUCAGUCAAGACUACUGGCGAUCUUCCAGUUGAGAUCACUGCUGAGUCUCCGGUCAAAACUACUGCCGAGCCUCCGGUCGAAACCACUGCCGAGCCCUCGGUAGACACCACUUUCGAACCCCCGCUCGAUACCACGGCUGAGCGUUCGAUAGAGACCAUUGCUGAGCGUUCGGUGGAGACCCCUGCUGAGCCUCCGGUAGAGACGACUGCUGAGCGUUCGGUAGAGACCACUGCUGAGCUCCCGGGAGAGACCACUGCUGAGCUCCCGGUAGAGACCACUGCUGAGCCUCCGGUAGAGACUACUGCUGAGCUCCCGGUAGAGACCACUGCUGAGCCUCCGAUAGACACCACUGCUGAGGCCUCGGUCGAAACCACUGCUGAGUUUUCGGUAGAGACCACUGCUGAGCCCCCGAUAGAGACCACUGCUGAGCUCCCGGUAGAGACCACUGCUGAGCCUCCAAUAGAGACUACUGCUGAGCCUUCGGUAGAGACCGCUGCUGAGUCCCCGAUAGAGACCACUGCUGAGUCCCCGAUAGAAACCACUGCUGAGCCCCCGGUAGAGACCACUGCUGAGCCCCCGGUAGCGACCACUGCGGUGCCUCCAAUAGAGACUACUGCUGAGCCUUCCGUCGAGACAACUGUCGAGCCUUGGGUCGAGACUACUGCUGAGCCUUCCGUUGAGAUCACUGUCGAGCCUUGG